CGUCAACUGCCUCCCAGCCAGCAUGCACGCUGCAGCUCUAAUUAUUUGUAAUGGCUGGUAUUUCUACAUAAUAUUUGUUGAAAUUACCUUUUAUCCUAAACUUAGACGGUAGGGGAAGGUCUGCUGUAUAUUUUAUCCAAGAGAUUUGAAGGGUAUUUGAAUUAAAGGUGUCCAUUUUUAGGAACCGGCCAAAUGAUCAUAGUUAUGCGGCUGCCGCUCUCCGUUAUUGUCAGAAAUUGAAACUAAGCAGUACCUGCAAUCUAUCUGGCUGUCGGAAAUGGCGAUUUUUGCGCUGAACACGCUAUCAGUGUUUUUGUUAAUAUCAAGUUCAAUUCACACCACAAGUGCCUCAUCAAAGUUGAAUAUCCCCAAAGUGUUAUUACCACUUGCCCGAAGCACCAGAAUAAACUUCACAUUGGAAGCAACUGAAGGCUGUUACAGAUGGUCUUCCACCAGACCAGAGGUGGCCAGCAUCGAGGCUGUAGAGGCUGACCUCAGCCGACAGUGUUCCCAGAGAGCUGUUCUCCAGGCCUGCUCCACACAUUCCUCCAGACUCACCAGCAUCAUACUGGCUGAGGAUGUCGUAACGGGACAGGUGCUGCGCUGUGAUGCCAUCGUGGACAUAAUCAGUGAGAUCCAGAUAGUGUCCACCACCAGAGAGCUGCACCUGGAGGACUCGCCAUUGGAACUGAAGAUCCACGCACUGGACUCUGAAGGAAACACCUUCAGUAGUCUGGCGAGCUUGGUGUUUGAUUGGACCAUAGUGAAAGAUGCCCACAUGGAUGGUUUCCCUGACUCCUACACCUCAUUACGGGUUCUUAAAUUCUCUGAGUCUACUUACACCCCCUCUGGUUACAUCUCUGAGAUGGAGAGAGUGGGGAAACAGGGAGAUAUCAUCUUGGUGUCAGGACUGAAAACGGGCCACGCUAAGCUCAAGGCGAAAAUACAAGAAUCGCUGUAUAAGAAUGUAGGUGCAGCAGAGGUGAAACUGCUGAUUCUGGAGAACAUCCUGCUGAGCCCUGCAUGUGAUGUCUACCUGCUGGUGGGCACAUCCAUCCAAUACAAGGUCCAGAAGAUCAGACAGGGAAAGAUCACAGAGAUCUCCAUGCCCUGUGAUCAAUAUGAGCUGUACCUCCAGGACGGUGUGGCUGGUGCUGAUGGAAACACUGACCUGGCUGUGGCUAGUCUGGACCAGAGCACCUCCACUGUUAACGCCCUGCAGCUGGGACACAUCAACGUGCUGCUGGAUCACAAGAGCCUUCGCAUGCAAAGGGUGUCUCGCAUGCCCAACGGGACUCUGUAUGUUGUGGAACCGGUAUACUUGGGAUUGACGAUGAAUCCUGUAGAGAGCUGGGUUCUAGAAACAGGACGAGUGUAUAAUAUCCUCAUCGAAGUGUUUGACAAGUCAAGCAAUAGGAUUUACUUAUCCGAUAACAUCAGGAUCGAAGCUGUGUUUCCAGAUGAGUACUUUGAGAUUCUAGAGUCCUCCCUGAAUGGGUCCUACCACCGUGUCAAGGCUUUGAACAACGGGCUAACACUAAUUGAUGCUACACUCAAAUCUGUAGUGGAUCAUGAUGGAGGAGUCCAUGAGCUGGCAAACCCAGUCCACAAUGAACAGGAUGUAGAAAUCUACAAUCCCAUAGUCCUCAGUCCCAGUAUCCUCACGUUUCCAUGGCAGCCCAAGGUUGGAGCCUACCAGUACACAAUACGGGCAGCUGGAGGCAGUGGGAAUUUCAGCUGGUCCUCCUCUAACCUAGCCGUUGCCACGGUGACAGUGAAAGGAGUGAUGACGACCGUCAGUGACAUUGGCGUCAGUGUGGUAUACGCCCAUGAUGUCCGCAACCCAAUGCACUAUGGAACGAUGAAGGUGUACGUGGUGGAGCCCGUGGGGAUGGAUUUCUCUCCCUGCCCGGUGGAGGCCCGCGUGCGCCUUGCGCUGGAGCUGCCCCUCCGGAUCUUUGGCCUGCUAGGGGAGGGGGGAGGAGAGGAACGGGUGAUGCUGAGCGACUGCAGCCACAUUGACCUGCAGGUGGAGGAGGAGAACCAGGGGGUGUUCCAGCUGCUGGAGGGUAGACUGGCUCCAGGGCAGAACCACUGCAGUGGGGUAAGGGCCCAGGCUCUAGCCACAGGAUACACAGCCCUAACGGUCAGCUACACCCACGGCAAUGUCUACCUCAGUGCCAAGAUCACCAUCGCUGCCUACCCACCACUCAAAGCUGUGGACCCUGCCUCUGUUGCCUUGGUGACCCUGGGCUCCUCUAAGCUCAUGCUGUUUGAGGGCGGCCCCAAGCCAUGGAUUCUAGAGCCCUCCAAGUUCUUCCUGAACCUGAAGGCUGAGGAUGACAACGGGGUUAGGCUGGCUCUGACCGGGUCCACCUCCCGUAGCUACCUCCGACACUGGUUCAGAGCCACCUGUAGAGCCAUAGGAGAACAGAUAUUGGCAGUAACCGUGGGGAACCAGCCCAGUCUGACCAAUCCCUAUCCUGCGGUGGAGCCGGCGGUGGUGAAGUUUGUGUGCGCCCCUCCCUCUCGCCUCACCUUGGUGCCUGUGUACAUCAGUCCCCAGCUGGACCUCACCUGCCCUCUGCUGCAACAGAACAAACAACUGGUGCCUGUCUCAAACUACCACAACCCUGUGCUGGACCUGGCUGCCUUUGACCAGCAAGGCAGGAAGUUUGACAACUUCAGCUCUCUGAGUAUCGUCUGGGAGUCGACCAAGGUAUCCCUGGCCAGCAUUGAGCCCACCAUGCCUAUGGAACUGGAACUACUAGAGGACAGCAACAAACAGAAGAGACUUCAUGGUCGUCAGGUGGUCCUUGUCCACCACCAGUCUGGGAUUGCUGCUAUAACAGUAACAGCUCUGGGUUACCAGGCCCCCCACCUUGAGGCUGCUAAGGUUCUCAGUCCGUUUGACCCUCUGACCCCUGUCUCAGCCACUCUGGAGCUCCUAUUGGUGGAGGACUUGACAGUCAGUCCUGAAGCUGUCACCAUAUACAACCACCCUAACGUGCGGGCUGACCUGGCCCUGUGGGAGGGAUCUGGGUAUUUCUUUGUCAACACCAGUGUUGGCGGGAUAGCAUACGUGGUGCACAAAGAGGCCCAGGGAUCUGCUGAGGUGCUUCCAGUCCAGCCGGGGACAGUGCAGGUGAUGGUUCAUGACCUCUGCCUGGCCCUCCCUGCCCCUGCUACGGCUACGGUCCACAUCUCAGACAUCCUUGAGGUUUAUGUCCGAUUGGUUGACAAGGUGGAGAUUGGUCAAUCUGUGAGAGCCCAUGUCAGGGUUCUGGAUGACAACAAUAAGCCCUUCCUGGCCAAAUAUUUCCACUUUAUGAAUUUGAAACUCACUGUAACUUCUGCCAUCGUCUCUCUGCAAGCAUUGUCAGAUCUCUCAGAGAAGGACACUGCUAUCUUCCUGGUCAAAGGGUUAGCUAUUGGACAGACCAGUGUUUCUGCUAUGCUAGUAGACAGAACUGGAAGGAAGAUUGUAUCUGCUCCUCAGAAAAUAGAGGUCUUUCCACCAUUCAAACUGAUCCCCAGGAAAAUGACUCUGAUAAUCGGAGCAAUGACCCAGAUCACAUCCGAGGGUGGCCCACAGCCCCAGUCCAACAUCCUCUUCUCCAUGGCCAAUGAGGAGAUAGCGUCUGUUAACGGCAUAGGUCACGUCAGGGGCGUCGCCAUUGGCAACGUCACCGUGACAGGACUGGUUCAAGCUGUCGAUGCCGAGACUGGGAAACUUGUUGUUGUCUCUCAGGAUCAAGUAGAGGUUGAAGUUGUGCAGUUGAGGGCCAUUCGCAUCCAAGCCCCUAUCACCAGAAUGAAGACUGGGACACAGAUGCCUGUAUAUGUCAUAGGGCUCAGCAGCAGUCAGACCCCCUUCUCAUUUGGGAACGCCCUGCCUGGCCUCACCUUCCAUUGGACCACCACCAAGAGAGACAUCCUGGAACUCCAAUCACGACAUGCCGAGGCCUCCGUCCAGCUCCAACCGGAGCAUAACUUUGCGAUGAGUGUGACAGGGAAGACUAAAGGAAGGACCGGCCUCAAGGUGGUCCUAAAGGUCACUGACACCAAGGCUGGACAACUGGAGGGAAAUCUACUGGAGCUUAUUGAUGAACUCCAGAUGCAGGUUUAUGACAAGCUGCACAUGCUUAACCCAGCCAUGGAGGCUAAGGACAUACUGAUGGCUCCCAACUCUGGGCUCAAACUCCAGACCAGCAGGGACGGUGUAGGUUCUCUGUCCUACCGGGUGCUGGAUUGUCCCAACCAGGCUACCAUUGUCCAAGUGGAUGAGAAGGGCCUCCUGUCCUCUGGCUCUCUCACUGGCUCCUCCUCCCUGCUGGUGACCUCACAGGAGACCUUCGGUGUCAAUCAAACACUGGUCCUCGCAGUGAAGGUGGUUCCAGUGUCGUACCUGCGUUUCAGCACCAGUCCAAUUCUACACAGAGACCGCCUCUCUGCUAUUCCUCUGGGCAUGGUCCUUACUUUCACUGUUCACCUCCAUGCUAACACCGGAGAGGUCCUUCACAGUCACAACUCCCUGCUCACGUUCACCACCAACAGGGAUGACCUGGUGCAGGUUGGCCGAGGCCCAUGUAACAACAGUCUGACUGUGCGGACGGUCAACAUCGGGCUCACCCUGCUGGCCGUGUGGGACGAGGAGAAUACGGGGAUGGCUGACUACCUGGCGCUGCCAGUCCAGCAUGCUAUCCACCCAGAGGACGCCACGAUGCUGGUGGUGGGAGAUGUGGUUUGCCUGAGUACCCAGCACCUCAGCCCCCAAGGUGUACCGGGUACCUGGAGCUCAUCAUCCACUGGCGUGCUGCAGGUGGACUCUAAAACGGGCGUGGGCGUGGCCAGAGAUGCAGGCACCGCCACUGUCUACUAUGAGAUCACUGGCCUGCUGAAGACCUACAGAGAGGUAGUGGUGGAAGGGCCCACCAGGACAGCGGUGAGGGGGGACAAGGACACCAGGGUGCUGCUCACCACCAGAGAGGGAGGGAACAACCUCAUAGGGUCCUGUUCCUCGGCCCAGACUGCGUCUAUCGCCCUGCUGCACCCAGAGACCUCCGUCAGCUGCCUUCUGAGCUUCACCAGUGACGCUGUCGAGUUCUCCGCACACAACGUCUACCUCACAAACACCAGCUUCGAUCCCAGCACCGGCUUCUACUCCUGCUCUCUGACAUUGCAGCCUCUGAGUGACCAGCAGACCCGGGUGCUGAGCCUGUCCAUGACCAGCCUGUUGGUGAGUGCUGGGGUGAAGGGCAGUGCUUUCUCUGGGGAGCAGGUCUGUGCCAGGCUGCCUGUGGAGACCGGCCUGUAUUCUGACCAGACGGAGCUGCUGCUCAGCAACCUGCAGCCCAGCGCAGAGCUCACCGUCUACGGCCCCGCCUCAGCACUCGACAGCCUGAAGGUAUCGUCCAGUUCUCUGUCCAUCUCGGUUCAGGAGAGAGGGGUGUCUAACGGCUUCCCCAGUUUCUUGAAGUACAUGGUCAGUGCCAUGGACCCCCAGGCUGCAGCCUCCGCCUCAGUCUCCAUAACCAGCUCAUCCACUGGCCACACCCUCGUCAUCCCAGUCACCCUCAUCCACGUGGCUGACCCCAGCACCACCAUGCAAGCUGCUGCUCCCGUGGUUACCAUGGAGGGAGCCCAUUUCCUGCAGGGCUUCAUAGACUCCUACCAGAUGAUGUUCUUCACCAUUUUCACUCUACUGACUGGCACGGCCAUCAUCAUCAUUGUGUGUCAUGCACUGUUUUCUGAGAAGGACUUAGCACCUCACCCAGCCUUCAUUCAGAGAACACCGCCCCCUUCAGGUUUCACCUCAAACUCCUUCGUCCACAAGAUGACCUCCCCGGACCCAAUGAGCAGCCACAAACCACGACUCUUCUCCCCAGACUAUUAUUCCCGGUAGAGAUCCCAUUAGUACCCACGCCAGCCUCUGACAUCUCCGGAUUUAACUCUACGUGGGAUUGGGAAGUGGUGCUUUUCUCACUCAGGAGAAUGUCAGAGGAUCUUACUGUUUAGUUCUGUCAGAUGUAUGGUGUUCAGAAGUAUGUGUGGUUUGUUUAAAUAGGGGCAAACUCGGUCUCAUUUUCACUUAGUCAUGUGACUGACAAUUUUUCUUAAAUGCAAGUAGGGAUUUUCCAGAGUGAGUAGGGCUGUGUGUGUGUGUGUGUGUGUCCGUCCUCUCAUACGUGACCCAGAAACCCAUAAGUGGUCGCCAUAUUUGUUAAAGGUGAACGGAGGAGUUUGCUCCUCUUUGUUACGCAACUCAUCUAUAAAAUGUCUGGCACAACAGGCAAAAUGUAUUUUUACCACUUAACACAUAUUUAAGGAUUCCUCUUCUAUAAAGGGAGUCUCAUUUCAUACAAGCCCAUUGUGUGUUUCCUCCCCUCGAUUACCUCUGACCUUUUUAAAAAGGAGGCAAGGAGAGGACACAAACCUUCCUGCCCCCACUGCAACAAGAUUCGCAGGUCACAGAUCGGCCUGAUCAGCAAUCUCUGGACCCAUGGCCAACCAGACUGUGUGCGCGCGCGAAGCAUGGUACAUUAUACAUGGUCUGAUUUAUUAAAAAAAAUAUAUAUAUAAUAAAAAUUGGACUUGAUUUCAGACUAAUACUUUAUUUUGAGAAGCUGCAAUAGUGAACUGAUGUAUACUGCCAUUUCGCUUUGCACAUGUUGUAGUUUUGCUUUUUAAAUACAGUAUGUAUUUCUGCCGUGAAGAUCUGUAUUGUUAAUCAAUGUUUUUUAACUCAGGAAUUUGUCAAACUACACUCCUGGAUGGCCUAGUUGUCAGCUACUGUUAACACAAAGAUGUCUAUUUCAAUCAAGGGUAUGUCUAAAUAUUGAUUUUGUGAAGUAUGACCACUGACUCCAUUUAUUGUUAAGAGAGCGUGAGCUCUAUCUGUGUUCAAAAUCAGGAUAUGGUCAGCCAGAGCAUUCACUUUGAUGCCGUUAUUGUUUUGCAACUGUUUUAUUUAACAAUUUCUAAAUACUUUGGUCAGUACAGUACUUAUUGAGCCUAAAGACGGGCAUCUCUUCUGUCAAUCACAAAUGUGAACCAUCUUUCAGUUUUUCACUAUACAAUCCUUUCAGUACCUGAGCAACCAAAGUUAACUGGCAAUGUUAUUGUAAAUGACCUGUGUAUCAAGAGGUAUGUUUGUAUGCGCUGAAGGACUUGAAGCUUCAAGCUCUGACUGCACGUCAUUGUUUGGCAGAAUAAUCACUAUUAUAUUUAGAGAAAGAAAGCUGUGGAUCUUUUAAGGAGAUUUAUGUUGAAUGCUUUGGGUUUUAAUGUGCGGACAGAGUAUAAUGAUCCCCUGCUUGAUGGUUCCAACGUUCCUUUGUGUUUUGGAAUUUGAAGCGUCCUGUCUUACUCUUAUCUCCGUUGCACUGACAGCAUAAAGUAUAAAUACCAGAAUUACCAUCCGCCUUGAGUGAUUGUGAGAUCAAAUAUCAUUACUGAAUAAUAUAACAUUUUUACUUUUCAAAUGCCUCGAUUUAACAAGGGGUGUAUUCAUUACACGGAUUCUGUUGCAAGACAUUUUGCAACAAACAGUUUACACCAAAAACUUGAGUGUUGGUCUUAAACGGAAGUUGUAGUUCAGUUGUCUCUUUUCAAAGAAAAUAAGAGGCUGGAAGGAACCCCAUGGACUUCAUUCCUCUUUAGAGCACGAAAUAAUUGAUCGUUUAUAGAUGUGCAGCUUGUGCCAAACUAUUUGCAGACUAUUCAGAUUGGAAUGGCAACGUGUGGAAACGAUACAAUUACAAUGAACUACAACUUCUGUUUAAGAACCCAACAGCUUUUAUGUCACGUUGAAGAGCGUUUGGAAUAAACGGUUUGUUGCAAAACAUUUUGUAACACCAUUGGCAUAAUGAAUACACCCCUGUAGUUAUGGCUUGUCUCUUGAUUGGAAUUAAUUUCACCCCGCUGGGAGAACAGAACAUGUGUACAUGGGUGUCUAGCUAGAAUCACAACGAUUGGAACAGAGGCUACUGUAUACUUAAGGCAUUCAACAAUUGCAGCCCAUUCCUCUGUGGUGGUGUGUUUGGGAAUGAAUAAAUACCAUAUCCCUUCUGAUACAA